CAAUAUGUUCGCACUCCGAACAUUCGCCCAACGCGCUGCAUCAAGAACGCAGGUGCAAACGUUAGGAAAGGCUGUAGGACCACUGCGAAUUUUACAGUUACAGUUGCGACCAUUCGUAUCACUACCUUCUACUCCGAUCAGGUCUUGGUCAACUAUAGCCCAACAAGAGAACAGUCAGCCCUUCGAAGAAGAAACUCUUUCUAAUUACGAAGCCGACCAGUUCUACCCCAUUCAUAUCGGUGAAGUUCUCCAUGGCCGAUACCUUAUCACUGGUAAACUGGGAUAUAGUGCAAAUUCCACUGUCUGGCUCUGCCGUGACAUUCAAGAAACUAAGUAUGUCGUCGUCAAAGUGCAUGUGAGGACGCCAAAGCAACGCGCCAACAGGGAAAUAUCGGCUUACAAACAUCUUUCCAACAUCACCACAGACAACAUCGGUUGCCUGCGUAUACGAAAUGUCCUUGAUGUGUUUGAGCUCGUACGCUCAAAUGGAAGACGCCACGUUUGUCUUGUACAUGAGCCACUGCAGACUACAUUGCAUGAUUUUCAGAGGCAGAGUGGACGCCCUGUGCCACUACCAUCAGGGCUUGCCAAACCUAUAACUCGCUGCCUACUUGAGGCUUUAGAUUUCUUACAUACAGUUGCAAAUAUUACACACUGUGACAUCAAACUUUCCAAUAUCAUGAUGCAGAUCGAGGACACUAGUGUACUCGAUGACUUCGAGAAUACAGAAAGAACCGACCCCUGUAUCAGAAAGGUUGUAGAUGAGGAACGUACAAUCUACCAGUCGCGAAGUUUCCGUCAUCCGCGAGAAAAUGCUUUUGGAAGCCCAGUUCUUUGCGACUUUGGCGAAGCUCGAAUUGGAGGAGCUUACCCAUAUGAAGAAAUCCACCCGGAGGUCUAUAAAGCACCCGAGAUACUUAUGCAGAUAGACUGGGGGCAUAGCGCAGAUAUCUGGAUGACUGCUUGCAUGAUUUGGGAUAUGAUAGAGGUUCAAUACCUUUUCGAUGGUUAUGACAAUGAGAACUUGCACAAUAACCGCGUUCAUAUUGGUGAAAUGGUAGGCUUUCUAGGCCAUCCUCCUGUGGAGUUUCAGAAACGCAGCCAGAACUCAUGGAGAGUGUUCAAUGAGAAUGGCGAAUGGAAAGGUAACCCACCUUUAUCUCCUCAGACUCUGGAAGGACUUGAGAGACGUCUUCAGGGUUCAGAGAAAACAGCGUUCUUGGCCUUCAUACGGUCGAUGCUGCAAUGGGUGCCUGAAGCAAGGCCGACUGCGGCUCAGCUCCUCGAAGAUCCGUGGCUAAAAGAUGAAGGCACGAAUUGAGGGGACUGAUGAGGUUGGGAAUCAUGAUAUUGGACCCGGCGGUGCUCUCGGUGGAUAUUCAUAUGUGCGAAUUCAAAAUCUGUGUCAACUUCCACGUGUAUCGUGGACAAAUUUCCAUCUUCGCCUUAUAUAGCUAAAUCAUCACUAAUAUUCCUGUUG